AUGCAGGACGAUUCGGCCUGCCCUGUGCUCACCCCACAAAUUGGAGUCUACCCGUCUGAUAGUGAAACUAAUCCAGAAUCAUUUAAUAUGGCUUUGAUGGAUCAGCCACAGUGGAGUCCAUUACCCGAUGGAGGAUUUGAAGUUAUUGACACUCUUCCUAAAAAAGAAUAUUAUAUGAGCUUGCGAAGAAUUGAUGGAAAUGGCACACUUGGAAAUAUCAAUCGCUUAGGGAGUAUCACUGGUGGAUCAGCUCUAGGCACUGGCGCUCUCAUGUCUCCUUCUAUGCCUGGAGCAUCUUCUAGCCCUCUUGUUCAAAUGAACAAGGACACUUUGCAUUCUCAUUCACAUCUUGGACGUUCGCAAGCUUCAGCAUUAGAUUUUAAACCUUCUGGCAAAAUGGUAGAUUGUACUGUAGUAAUGUUGGAUGGCUCGGAGCAAAAAAAGGCCUUUGGUCAGCAAUUGUUUGAUUAUGUAUGCAGCUCACUCAGUCUUAUUGAAACUGAAUUUUUUGGCAUCACAUAUCGCGACAAAACAAAUACCUGG